UAAUGAACAAAAAGAUAACCCUUUUCGUAUUAUUGGCUUGUGCAGUUUGCAUAGCUACAUUAAUGUUUUCCUUCUCAACCUAAGGUAUUGAUAGCAAUUAUAAAUAGAUGGAGAAUUGAAAUUGAAGAAAAGUCAUUCUUUUUCUUCAUCAAAGAAUCAUGAAUGGAUGGAUGGAUAUUGGUCAUCAGAUACAGAUUGUUAAGCUAAAUGUAAAAGUGCUGGAGGAAUGAGUUGUGGUAAUUACUAAUAAAAUUGCUGUGUUGGAGCUAAGUGCAGAAAAGAGGAAGGUUUCUUUUCUUCAUCAUUAAUAUGUGAUCAAAGAAUUCCAGUACAAGGAUGCACAACUCCAAAAUGAU